AUGAGUAUGGGAACACCAGCAGUUGUCAUGGACAACGGUACCGGUUUGACCAAAUUGGGGUUUGCAGGGAAUGACUCGCCAUCUUUUGUCUUUCCCACUGCAAUUGCUACGUCCUCGGCCUCUUCUAAAGCUGGCAAGACAGGUGCAGGAAGUAGAUCGUCGAAUCUCUCCUCCAAGAGGGGUUUAGACGAUUUGGACUUCUUCAUUGGAGAUGAGGCAUUGGAAGCCGCCUCUGGUCCACAAUAUGGAUUGCAUUACCCUAUCAAACAUGGUCAAAUUGAAGACUGGGACAAAAUGGAGAGAUUUUGGGAGAGUUCAAUCUUCCGCUACUUGCGUUGCGAGCCAGAAGACCAUUAUUUUUUGUUAACAGAACCACCUUUGAAUCCACCUGAAAAUAGAGAAAGUACCGCUGAAAUUAUGUUUGAGAGUUUCAAUUGUGCAGGAUUGUACAUUGCAGUUCAAGCUGUUUUGGCAUUAGCUGCCUCAUGGACAUCCCCAAAAGUCCAGGACAGAUCGUUGAGUGGAACCGUUAUUGACUCUGGUGAUGGUGUGACCCAUGUUAUCCCAGUUGCCGAAGGUUAUGUUAUCGGUGCCGCUAUCAAAAACAUCCCUUUGGCUGGAAGAGAUAUUACAUUAUUUAUUCAGCAAUUGUUAAGAGACAGAGGAGAGCCUGAUACCAGUUUACAAACCGCUGAGAGGAUUAAGCAGCAAUUCUGUUAUGUUUGUCCCGAUAUCGUUCAAGAAUUUACACGUUUUGACCAAUAUCCGCAAGAGAAGUUUGCUCAGUAUAUUGUUGAAUAUACGGAAAAAAACAGAAACAAAGUUGUUGAUGUUGGUUAUGAAAGAUUUUUGGCCCCAGAGAUCUUUUUCAACCCAGAGAUUUGCUCUUCAGACUUUUUAACGCCACUACCGAUCGUAGUUGAUCAGGUGAUCCAAGCAUCUCCUAUCGAUGUGAGAAAGAAACUUUACAAGAACAUUGUUUUAUCAGGUGGUUCAACAAUGUUUAAGGAUUUUGGUAAAAGAUUGCAAAGAGACUUGAAGGUGAUAACCAAAGAAAGAGUUGCGAUAAGCGAGAAAUUGAGUGGUGUUCAAAGUAGCGGUGUGGAUGUCCAAGUAAUUUCACACAAGAAGCAGAGGAAUGCUGUUUGGUUUGGAGGAUCCUUGUUGGCACAGACUUCUGAGUUUAAAAGUUUCUGCUAUACAAAGAGCGAUUAUGAUGAAUAUGGUCCAAGCAUUGUAAGAAACUUUUCUCUAUUCUCUGUGCCAUAA